AUAACUAUAGCCAUAUAGAAAUGAGGCUAAUCUAUUCUUUGUUCUUUUUAUUUGGACUCUUUUCCGAUUCGUUUGUUAGAGCGAGUGAUCCUGUCUUAGACUUAGACUUUUACAACCCUGAUGAAGUGAAACUUACUUUAAACGUUGAAGGUGAUUACAAGGUUGAAACUUUUGAACCCGUGGGCACAUCAUUUUCAAAUGUAUCAGUUAUGGGUUCUCCACUAUUCUCUGGUCAGACCGUUAAGGUGACGAAGGUUCAAGCCUACUCCGUAAAGGGUUUGUGUCAGUUAGUGAAGGUUUUUUUUGAUCCUCCUACUACACCAUAUGCUGUUUUUGAGAGAUGGACAACAAGAUUUUUUCUGGUUCAGAGACCUCAAUUUGACACUGAUUUAGGUCUGUUUAGACUUGGAACGUAUAAAAAUUACUUAUCUUUUGGGCUGGAUAUUAACAACAAGAAUAACCCUAGAUCCCUUUAUUCAGUUAAAGAAGAUCUCGUAGAUGGCGUUGUCACCCAUGUAUUCACCCCUACUUUGUCAGAUACCAAAAUUCACAAGUUACUUUUUGACGGAAAGAUAGUUUUCGAAUCACCAACUGAAAGUCUAACCAAAGUUACAGCUAGUCAAAAGAACGGAAGUUUUGUUUUGGUUUCUCUUGAUACUCUCAAAGGUACUUUGACUGGUAAAAAAUUUUUCUCAAUGGUUAACAACAACUGGAAUGAAGUUGACGUUUAUAAAUACAAUGAAGUACUUAGAACUUUGCAUCCUGACGCCGUAGAAAAUCUUACAUUGGAUGUAAAUUCUCCUGAAGAGAGCAAGUACAAGGUCGACAAGGACUACGAUAGAGGCUUAACAACGGUCACUUAUACUCCGCAAUCCAAAUAUCACGUAGUUAAAGUAUCUGCAGGGGGGCAAGAGUUAUGGAGUUCUACAUUCGAUAGAGCAACUGAGGUCGUUUCAGUCCUUUUACAAGAUGAGGUGGUCUCCGUUAGGGUAACAACAAAAGAUUUAUAUGGAGCUUCGGUCCAUGUCAAUUUCAAAAAAGUUUCUGAUAAGUUCGUCAGACUAUCUGACAAAGAAUUCUCAGACCAUCUAGCAGAUCUUCAACAACAGGCAGGGGAGUCCAGAACUGAACCAGAACAUCCCACACCACACGUACUUGACCUAUCCAAUCCAAGUCGUGACUUCAAUGUGCAACUCUCAUCAGAACAACUUGUUAAAUAUAGGAGAUUGACCCCCAAGGAAGGCGUUCUUGUUUCAAAGGUGAUGAAUGGAACAAGUGAACUGUGGGUUGCCCCUAAGGAUACCACUUUGGAAUAUCUUAAAGUGUUUCUUAAUAAGGAAGGAGCUCCCGCGCUUUACCAGUUGUAUGCAGUUGGACCUAACAACGAACCAGUAGUAGAUAGCAAGUACGACCUUGGAAAUAAUCUCUGGUGGGUAUUCCACCAUUCACAGCUGAAUACUUUCCUUAAAGAUCUACGUGAUGCUCCUACGUUGAGUCAUGCCGUCGAACUUGAUUUUAAGCCUGGCUUUGAUUUGCAACAUACUAAAAUGGAUGAAUAUUCUACUCUUGGCGUGGGAACCACUUCUUACACAGCAGAAGACCAACACUAUUUCAGUAGGGUCAGUUGGAAUGGUCUCUCUCUUUUUGUCAAAAAUGAUCAACCAAAAUUCUCUCCAGUGAAUGCUACUUUAUACAAAAACCCUCAGGGGGAUUUUAGGUUAGUUGAGCUUGGAGGUUUCAAUGAUGAUGGAGAAUGGCACACUGAAUAUUUUAGAUGGGAUGGAUCAAGAUUCACCCCUCAAACCAGGGCCAAAUUCCUCGUCAAUUUUGAUACAUUGAAAAAAUCUUCUGUACUGUCAGGAGCCGGUGUUCUCGGACAAGAACCGUCCAUGGAAUCUGAUGAAGAAACUCCAUCUGAACCCGAAACUCUACCGGAAACUGGACCUGAACCGGCAACAUUCGUUUAUAACCUAGACACAAGUGAUUUCGAUAAUAAAUAUGUUUCCUAUGUUGGCGGUGCUGAAAAUGGAUAUUACUUCGACUCAUACGUUCCAAGAGAUGGCAUCUUGUUUGGUGAUGUCAAGGGACCUAACAACUUCUUAUAUACCCACGGAGGUGGCAGAUAUGUCCUCAUGGCAAAAUUCUACAUUGUACAUCAAAAGUUCUUGGGGGCGGUCCUCAAAACUGUUGGCUCAUUGUAUCGCACUCAAGAGGUAACAUUUUACUAUACCUAUGAAGACGAUAAAUGGAGCUACAGCACAAAUAAAACGCAUUUCGUUAAUGUGUUGGCUUCUGAACUUAGAUAUUCUAAAGAAAAGAAGGAAGAAUAUGAGAAAUAUCUUAAGACUGAAGAGGAGUACAACAAGGUUAUGGAGAAGCUUAGAACAAAAGAAGAGAAGGCUAAAAAGAAGGAAGAAGAUAAGGCAAGGAAAGAGAGGGAAAAAGAAGAAGAUGCAGAAAGGGUUAAAGAUAAGCUCAGCAAGAAAACUCAGUUAUAUAGUGAAAUGGUAAAGAUGGAAGAAGAAAAGCCACCAGAGUUGCCCGAAGUACCGGAACACACUCCUGAGGAAUUAGAGCAAAUGGAACAACCAUAUGGAGAAGAAAAGUUCACUGUUGAAUCAGAACUGUUGUACUAUGACUUUAAGGCUCCUAAAGAUAACAAACUGGUCCACACAAAAGACUUCCAAUCCAAUGGAUUGCCUGCUUUGGAUGCCACUCCAGUAGCAGGUAAAUUCUUCCAUAUUCUAUCAUUUAACGGAAGGAGACUUUGGGUAAGUACCUCUACAAGAAGGUGUACAAACCUACAGCUAUUUUAUGACGAAGGUGAAUUAAUGGGAGCAGUACUUAGAGUAACUGUCAGCAGGAAAGGUAAACUCAAGACUGGUGAAGAUUUCGACUACUUGUUCGUAACAGAAGGAGAACUCAAGGUGGUUGACGUUGGAGAUUUUAAUAAAUUGGCAAAUGUUAGGUUCCAAAGAGCGGCCCUUACCCAAUUGUCCAGAGCAUAAAAUAUCUGCACGCCAUCGCUCAUUCUAACCAGUCGAGUCAUUCACAAUCUCAAAAUGUACUGCAAUCAAGUGUAACAUAAUCCCCAAACCAUAAUGGUUAAUGAUACGAUAGUCCAAUGAUUAAUAAUGUACAAUAACACGGUGUAAUCUAAUUCUAAUACAGUAUAAUCCACUAAUGGAUACCUAAAAAUCGAAUGUAACAUAAUAUUUAACAAUAAUCUGGCUUAAUAGCUC